UGAUUUAAGGGAAGUGCUUCCCCCCCACUCCGGCUUUAUAAACAACAGGGCUUACACUCCGUUUUUAUGUAGGGCACAGGAUAGAGAGUGGACAGAGUGACGCCGAGGACUGAGCUUGGGUCCAGCCCAUCAGGGAGGGGGGACAAUGAGCGCUCUCUCGUUGCUGUACGCCGCCCUGCCAGCUCUGCUGUGGGCCUCGCAUGUCAGCCUGGUGGUGGAGGGGGACAAUGACGCCUCCAGGAUCUGCAAGCCUGCCCCCCGCUGGACGAUAAAGGAGCACGCACCCAUGCAAGAGCUGAUGGGAAAUGUGGUGGUGGUGGCACUACUCAAGGCCAGCUGACAGUUCUGUCUCACUCAGGCCUCCAAGAUUGGAGGCCUGCGUGACAAGCUGAACCGCAGCAACCUGACAGACGUGUCCUUUAUGAUAGUGAAUGAGCGCGAGCCUCACUCCAGAGCCAUGUACUGGGAGCUGAAGAGGAGAGCGCCCCCUGGUGUCCCCGUCUACCAGCAGGCUGCCCUUCAGAGCGAUGUGUGGGAGGCCCUGGAUGGGGACAAAGACGACUUCCUGAUCUAUGAUAGGUGCGGUCUGCUCACCUUUCACAUUGUACUGCCGUACAGUUUCCUGCAUGACGUUUACGUGGAGGCUGCAAUCAGAGCCACUUAUCUUAAAAACAUCUGCAAUUGCACUGUCGAUUCUUCUACAUCAAGUUUAGAAAAUAGUGUAAUGAAGAACAAGACGGGGCACUUUAAUGUCAGUCAGACAACUACAAUAUCCACAAUUCAACCAGACACGGAUGAUCCAGAGGGGGCCGGGACAGCUCCUCUACCGACUCAUAACCACAGCCAUCAUCAUCCUCAUCAUCCUCAUCCCCCUCAUCCCCCUCAUCGUGCUGACCCACAACAACACCAUCACCCGAAUCAAACCCUGCAUGGAACGAGUCAGAAUAAAACUCUUUAUCCUGUCAGUGACCACCACCCUCACACCCAUCAUCAUCAUCAUCAUCAUCAUCAGUAGCCUGGCAACCACAGGCAUCCCAGUGGGACGGAGGUGGAUCACCAGUGGUGUUUGGAGCUGCUCUUUCACUCUGAAGAAGUGUUUUUGCUUUUGUUGAGAUGUUUCAUCAACAAACAGCAUUAGGCAGAUUGAGGGUUCCUCUGAGAGCACCUCCACCCCUCCGUGCUCUGCAUGGGUGACGUAGCCGGUGCUUCCCAGUCCUCUCCCAUUUAUGAAGUCCACGGUGUGAAACCUGCCCGCAGGACGCUGUGGACCGAUGUGUGUGUGUGUGUGGAGAGGGGCGUGCUGGUUAUGGUCACCCGGACAGAGUGAGAGGGUGGUGUACGCUGCCAGUGAGCAGAACCCCGGUCACUUUUCUGUCCAUUCUGUCUCCUGAUGUGACGUUGUGAUACUACAUCACUCUAUAAUAAUACCUUUUAGUGCUGUUCCUUUUAAUAUCUUAAAUUUAUGUUUUAACAGUGUCACACUAAUUUAGAUUAGUAUCCAAUGAAUUAUUCAAGGCUAUAAAUUGCCCUGGAAAGCCCAGGAUUCUUCACUUGUUCUUGAGUUACAUGCUGUAAUAUGGGUUGAAAUACAGCACGUUAUUACGUUUAAUGAAGUUAGCAUAUUAGCUGUGGAUUUCAAACUUUUCCGAUUGUGAACCUGAAUGUAAAUUUACCUCUAGAUUGUUGUUCUCCAUUGAAAUGAAAAGACAAUGAUGCAA